GCGCCAAAAUUGUUUCAAUUUCUGGAUUCUUAAACUCAAAACCUUAAAUUCCCGUCUAUUGACGUCAUAUACGAUGUCGGACGUGGAGCCAUCUCUGAUUGAUCGGAUUAAAAGCAAGCGGGCUUACGCUGACGUACCAAUUUCAGACACCGAAGCCGAAGCUAAUACUUCCAACGAAUCAAAUGGUAAAGAGAUUGAAGCUCGCCCUACGAAACAUCAUGGCGCUGCGUCAGGGCUAUCUGCUGUUAAAACAACCGAUGGAUUAGCCGCAGAUGUAAAUGAACACCUUGAAAUCAGCGAUGAGCGGAAUGAUGCGUCUAAUAUCCCCUAUGCGGUUGGUGGAAUGUUGGGUGUUUUUGAAGAGAUUAAGAUGAACAAUAUACCACGAGAUCUUAAAGAGACUACUACUGAAUCCGAUGACGGGAGAUUUCAUACCAUGUUUGCUGACAGGAUUUCCGAAUCGGAUGAGGAAACUGACCAUAUCACCGAUGUUGACUUUGACAAUCUGAAAGCUCUUGUGUUCGAUGACAAACCAACGAGUGCACAUGGAAAGCCUGAGAUUUUCAAGGACCCGACCAUGCAGAUUCCAUGCGACAUUUUCUACUUAAAUGAGAAAUCCGUCCUCCAGCGGUUCGAAACAUUUGACCAACUUUCGGAAUGGCUUGUCAGUGCCGCUCUGAAGGAAAAUCCAGCAAACAGCGAAGAAUUCAAAUCCCAGUUUCGUAAGUUGCUGAAACUUCCAAUAAGGACACUGGAACACUUUUCCACUGUAGGAGUGUUUCUGAGAAACUUGUAUGAAAAGGAUCACCUGAUUGACGUCGUUAUUGACGUCAAAGGAACGCUAUUUGGAGCCCAUCGCAUCGCUCUCUGUUGCCAUAGCGACUACUUCUCUGACAUGUUCAAAUCGAACAAAGCUCACAAAAUUCCGUUUGAGAUAAAGAUUAAAGGCAUCAGCACCGAUGCGUUUGCGUGCUUCUUGGAGUAUUGUUACACGGGUGAACUUAUCGUUGCCAAAGAGAUUGCAUCCGACAUGUUGUUAAUGGCGGACUUCCUGAAGGUGCGCGCGCUGAAGCGGAACUGCGGUGAAAUAGCAGAAUCCCUGCCACUGGACCAAACAGUUAAGAUGGUGGUCAAGUGUGAUCCGAAUUCGAAAGGCAAGAUCUACGAAGUACUCUACAAACGGAUGGUGGAGAAUUUUAGCGGCAUGUCCGAUUUCAACCUGUUUCUGAGCAUGGACGUUGAGCUACUUUGUCGGUUCUUGGAAUGCGACAACCUGGUAGUCGGUAGCGAGUAUGAGUUGUUCACGAUCGUGAUACGCUGGAUUCUUCACGACAGUGAUAAUCGAGUGAAACACACCGUUAGAAUCAUGAAUCUCAUCAGAUUCGACCAGAUGACGUCACACGAGCUGUGCACGUGUGUGGAGACCACGAGCCUUCUCCGUGGAUACGACAAGUUCCGGGAAUUGGUCCUCAUCGCUAACUGGUUGCUGACUACCAAGAACUUGGCUCGGGAAGACCCAUUCCACUUCCACGUGUCCAAACCCCGCCUGUACAAGGUGCCCAACACUCACCAAACCCAGUUGAAGCCUUUCGAGCAGACGAUCAAAACAAAACUCGAUGGUGACGUCACAAUCAGAAUGCCUCCCCCUGUGAUGACGUCAACACCACGUAGCAGUGUGACCUCGACGGAAGAAAGCGCGGGGCCUGGGCCACUUGACAUUUUUGUCGUCGGUGGCUUUAUAGCUGAUGAGGCUAAUGAUGAGAACCCCCGAUAUGUGGAGCGCUUCGCACCAAACGACAACCACUGGGUCCACUUUUGCCGAAUGCAGGAACCCAGACGACAUCAUGCUGUGGUUACAAUCGACAAUUACAUCUAUCUCAUUGGCGGAAGUGACCCACGAAUUCCGGGCAAGGUGCCGACGCCAACCAAGACUGUGUACCGGAUGGACCCUAGUAUCAAAGUGUGGAGUACUGUGUCGUUCAUGAACGUAGCACGGUAUUCACACUGCGCAUGCGCGGUCAGGGGCCGGAUAUACGUGUUUGGCGGCAAAGGGAACAAUGACAGUGUUCGGGAGUCGGUGGAAUGCUACGACCCAGUCACCGACGGAUGGUUCUACGUCACUUCCAUGGAUACCCCGCGUUUCGCAGCGGCCGCUGCCUCCAUUGGAAAAAUAAUUUACGUCGUUGGUGGCCUGAGUGAGAGCGUCGGCGUCCCAGCAUCUCUGCACGUGCUGAAAACUGUCGUCUGCUACAACACGGAAACAAACAGUUGGCUCAACGUCGUAGAUCUCCGCUUUCCUCGUUGCCAUAGCAACCUUGUCAAUGUUGGCGGCCAUCUUUUCCUGUGCGGUGGCGCCACCCGUUCCUAUGACGUCAAGAACUCUGUACUCAGCAGCGUAGCGUCAUUGGACCGGUACGAUUCAACUACGAAGGAAUGGGUCAAUGUGGCGGAUAUGGUGGUUCCUAGGCACGACAUGGGCGUGGCUGUUGCAGGCUCUAGAAUCUUUAUGAUCGGAGGCAUCUCAACCACCGCAGACCGCGUGUUGAAGUCAGUCGAGUGCUACGACACGGUCACGUGCUCAUGGGUCCCGGGUGUGGAGGACCUGCCGCACCCGGCCCGCUGGGUAUGCUGCGUGACACUAACGACAGCCUCGAUGAAGAAGAGAAACACUUUCAAGAGAUCAGCCAAGAAGAUACAACUUCUGAACAGAUUAAAGUAGACACUCUAAGGUUACCUCCAUGCUUUGUUUGCUGAAUUUUCAAGAUUAUCUUACUUUACUUACCAACCAACUUUAUUUAGACAGGACGCCAUUUUAGUCAAUUUUGUUCGUAAAAUGCUUUUUCCCUGAAUAAUAUUGAGCACAACCAACACAGCCACUGUGAUUAUUUACGCAAUAAAACCUUUUAAAAGUAA